AUGACGACCUCACAUAGGCCUCAGCUUGAAGCUAGAAACGGAGCUAAGAAAGAUGGAUCUUCGACGAGCAUACGGCACGCCAGAUUGCUUCCUGGUCAUUUAAAGAUUAAAUAUCGACCAAGAAACAGUCAAGUUUCGAAAGGAAAUGGAUCACUGGAUGAGUCGCAAAGGAAAAUUUUGGAGCUGACGGACCAAGAGCAACGUACUUUGAAAUUAGAGUUGAAUACUAUCACCAAGGCCAAAGUGGGCGACAGCAAGGCAAAAGUCCAAAAGGAGAGCAUUUCCGAAAGCGUUACCGAUGGUACUAAAACGAAUGAUGAGGAUCUUUUGAAAGAUUUGCUCAAAAUACGAAGGAACAGGGACCGUUGUGAAAUGAAAAGUGGAGAUAUGAGAGAAAAUGAUGAAGAAGGGGCUCCUAGCAGUUCUUGUUCAAAUUGGCGAAAACAAUCGGUGUUUAAACGGCAAAAACAUUCCAGCAAAGAAGCUUUUACAAGCAGCAGAAACAAGAACACCAAUGAUUCGUUCAACAGCAAUUAUCAUAAAAAGUUUAUGGAUCAAAAUGUCAAAUAA